AUGAAGACGGCCGAAAUGCUACGAUGGGCUGGACCACUUGUGGAGCGGACCGCCAGAGUCUUGCAGUCUAGGGAGAGCGCGACGACAUGUCAAAUUCAUCAUCCCCAAACGGCGCUGCCCUCUGGCUUUGCCCUGAGUUCUCCUCCACAUGAUCCCACCCAGGUGCCCGUGGCAGAUAGCCCAGUCUACCUGGAUGGAAAUGCGACAACACCCAUCGAUCCCCAAGUGGUGCAGUCUAUGGCGGCCUACGACCAACGCAGCCCCGGCAAUCCCAGCUCCGCGCAUGUUCACGGUGCCCGUGCUGAGACGGCGCUGAGGGCUGCGAGGGGUGAGGUGGCGCAGCUGGUUGGAGCAGAUCCAUCUCAGGUCAUCUUUAUGUCGGGAGCCACGGAGGCCAACAACCAAGUGUUUCACGCCAUCUCAUCCAAGACGGGGAAGCAGACCGCCAAGCCCCAUCUCAUCACAUCUUGCAUUGAGCACAAGAGUGUUCUGGAUGCGUGCUGCCGGCUGCAAGAGACGCUGGGCUGGGACGUCACGUACCUUCCAGUGGGUUCAGAUGGCGUUGUCCGUGUACAGGCGCUCGAAGAGGCGCUGCGUCCGGAAACCCUUCUGGUGUCCAUCAUGCUGGUCAACAACGAGAUUGGCACGCGACAGCCUGUGUGGCAGAUUGGCCGGAUUUGCAAGGAUAGGGGUGUCCUGUUCCAUGUGGAUGCAGCCCAAGCUGUUGGCAAAGUCCACAUCGACAUGAGGCAGCUGCAGGCUGAUGCUUUGUCAGUCUCCGCCCACAAGUUCCAUGGGCCAAAAGGCAUCGGCGCCUUGAUCGUGUCUCCACACAUGGAGCAGCUCAUCAGGCAGACUCCGCUCCUGGUCGGUGGAGGCCAGGAGCGCGGCCUGCGCAGUGGCACGGUGCCAGUCCCCCUAGCCGUGGGCUUCGGGAGAGCUUCGCAGCUUGCUCGCGAGCAGCUCCUGCACUCUCUGGCAGAUGCUGGAGAAUUGGGCAAGAAGUUCUUCCAUGGCAUCAAGAAAGAGCUCGAGCAAGGGGUUGCCGAAAUUUGCCUCAAUGGCUCAUAUGAGGAACGAGUUUGGUCCAACGUCUCUGUUCGCAUUCGUGGUAUCGAUGGCGGAGAGUUGCUUCAGCAGAUUCUUCCGCGCGUGUCUUGCUCCAGCUCUUCGGCGUGCAAUGGAGCUUUUCAUGGGUCGCACGUCUUGGAAGCCAUUGGCGUGGAUACGUCCCGCAAUGCCGUGCUCCGAUUUGGGCUUACGAGAAUGACAACAGGCGCAGAAGUGGAGAUUGCCAUUGAAUCAGUGGUGGCCUCGAUCAAAAAGCUUCGCCAACUAUGA